GCUGCAGGAAGCGUGUAUGCGGAAGCGGUGUCUGAGCAGAAACGUGGAUCGCUUUUAAGGUUAUUACAGCUUCAUCAGCGGUUUGAUGCCAUGAAGCUAAACGAGAACACUUUACUGGAGGGACACAGAGUCGUGCUGGUUCCUUACAACGUAAACCACGUGCCCAGUGAGUUUAACUUCAUCCAGGUAUCAUGAGUGGAUGAAGUCUCCGGAGCUGCAGCAGCUGACCGCUUCAGAGCCGCUGACCCUGGAUCAGGAGUACGACAUGCAGAAGAGCUGGAGGGAAGAUGACGACAAGUGCACGUUCAUAAUUUUGGACAAGCAGCGGUGGGCUGACCCCAGUGUGGAGGAGGAGCAGUGCAUGGUGGGAGAUGUCAACAUCUUCCUGACUGAUCCAACAGACCCUUCGCUGGCUGAGCUGGAGAUCAUGAUAGCAGAGCCCAGUUACAGAGGCAAGGGCAUCGGAAAGGAGGUGACACGUAUGAUGAUGUGCUAUGGAGUCACCAAACUCGGGGUCAGAAAGUUCCAAGCAAAGAUCGGGCUGGAGAACCAGGUCAGCAUCACCAUGUUCAAGAAGCUCCACUUCCAAGAGGUGUCGCAGUGUGCAGUGUUCAAAGAGGUGACACUCGAGCUGACGGUAGAUGAGUCCGUUCGGACGAAGCUGCUGGACGAUGCAGCUCACAUGAAGGAACGAGAUUACAGACAGACCUGCAGCAGCGGACCUGAACUGCUCUCACAGUGAGGUUCUGUACUGAGCUUCUCACUCACCUUCUAAAGACUUCAGCUUGUGAAGCAGGAUGAUGUGACAGGAUGACAUGUGAAUCUGAAAACUUGCAACAGAAUUCUGUAUUCGAGUCACAAGAAAUGUUAUUUUCUGUCACAUAGUGGCAAAAAAUUCUGAUUAUAAGACAAACGGAGGCAGACAAGGACAAAGCCAUACCGCAUUAUACAAUUUUAAAUAAGGAAAUCCAGAUUCACAAUAGAGUUGAAUGGGUUCUUCCUUUUUGGAUACGCUUCACCAGGUUUGUGGAAUUCGUCUUGGUGGUUUUGGCGUGAUCUUGCUGGCUGUUGGACUUUGCGGAGGAAAAAACCUGCAAAUUGUAACCUGAACACUGUUGGAAAACAAAUGCAUAGGUGUGAAUAUGACAUCAAACUUUCAUCCUCACGUAUCAAAUCGUGUACUGUAGUCGAGACAUUGAUUUAACCGUUGUCAUCUCCGACCCGAGGAGUAAAAUGAAAUGAAAGAUGCUGUGGCUGAUGUUUCUAGUGGAGCUGGUUCAUUUUAUAUUGAUUGUGUACCACCUUAGCAAACUAGAAAUCACUUGCCAAUGCAAAGAUUUGUGCUUCUCUGUCUAUAAACCAAGUUAAUAUCUUUGGUGUCCUUUGUUUGGAGAAGAUUUACACUUAAAAUUGAAAGGUGAUGUUUUUAUGUUCAGUAUUUCUAUUGACCAGUUCUGACUUUUUGAAACUAAACUUCAAAUUGGACCAAACUGAUGGUUUUAGUCACCAGCUUUCAGCAGCAUUAGGCGCUACUUCUUUUUAAUUAUUCACUCUGUCCCCAGAAUGAAAUUAAGAGCUUUUUUCCACUUACUGAUGCACAGCCAUUAAAAACCACAGCCUAAUGUGUUAUUUACACAUCUCUUAUACAUUAAAGUCUCAUAUUCCUCUUAAUGUCACAUAUUUUUCUCAAUUUUGUUGCUGAAAACUGGUUGGUGUCAAACAUUAAAUGCCAGCUGCGGGAGCUUUAUUGCCAUGUUUAUUUUCAUACUUCAUACUCCUAAAUCUCACUGUCCUGCUAUUCAGUCAACAAUGGACAUUCAUGAGGUCUUGAGAUUCAGGAAAAAGGACUAGAUGUUACAGUCCCUGAUAGUGCAUUGCUUUAGAUGGAGAGACUCUUGAGGGAUGGCUGUCAUGAGGAAAGGCUGCCCAGAAACUUUGCCAGCAGUACACAUCGUUCUGUGCCUCAACUUUCGGUCUUACCCAGGCUAAUCUGCCAUUUUCCUUCCUUGGUUAGGUUUAGGGAUUAGAGAUCUGAUCUAGAUUAUCAUUUUAAAGUUUAGGACACAUCGUCAGUAGUGGACCUUGGAUUCAUCGGGUGUUUCGGCCAUUAUCACUAGACCCCCUCAUAUAAGGAGGCCCUGCCAGGGUUGAUCAGGCCCUAGAGCGUGUGACUGGUUUAUGUUAAACUGUUAUUUCUCUUCUCCUUUCUUCUGUUUAGUUUCCUACAGUUUAUUUUCUAUCUAUUCACUGCAACUGAGAAAUAAUACUUACCUCUUUAGCAUUUAUGGAGCCUAAAUUCUUCAAAAGGUUAGAAAUGAUGAUAGAGAGAAGUAACACAAAAGGGACAAGAUAGGAGAGAGCAGAGAGGGGAGCCGGAAGGGGGGCGCCCAAUCUGGCUUCCCAGACCUCCCCGCCGGAUCGGGCUGUACGCUCCACCUCCCCACUGCCUCCCAGAAAAGGGGAGAAGAGCAGAAUAUAAGAUCGUAACUAACAAACUAAUUAAAAUUUUCCUCUUCUCCUCAUCAACUUCAGUUAAGUCGUAUCAUUACUGCGUGAUAUUAGCAUUAGCUUGUAGUGUGCUACAAGCUAAUGCUAGUCUACACCUUAAGGUAGUCCUGCAGUUAGGUCCAUAAGUUUUUGGACAUGUCAUAUUUGUGAUUUUUGUCCCUGUACACAACCACAGUGGAUUUCAUAUCAAAGAGCAGAGAUGUGAUUGAAAUGCAUGCUUUCGUCUGCAUCCACCUUCAGUUUCUGCUUCUUUGUGGGUCUUUCGGCCUUCAGUAACUGAAAAGCAUGCUACACUGGGUUCAGAUCAUGUGACUGACUGGGCUAUUGAAGAAUACAAUCCAGGUGAUUCUUAAACUGUCAGGAUUUCCUUUUUUAUAAAGACAUCUGUUGAUUGCUGACCUGUGAAAGGUUUUUUCCCCAUCAAGUUUGAGACUUGAAAUCAACUCAAGAUGAACUCCAGAUUUAUCUGCCUAAUUUGUCAUUAAAUAAUGAUGGAACAGGCCUCAUGGAGCUGUAAAAUGGAUUACUUCUGAGCCCUUAAAAUAGGGAAAAUAUAUAUAGAAAUUCCAAAACAGGUGAUAUAAUGUACUUUUUUUUCUCAAAAUUACCCUCAAAAAAAGUAAUUCUCCCAAAAAACAUGGACCUAACGAAAAUCAGAUUGCAGUGUGGCUGCUUGAAUGAUUGUUCAAGACUGAAAUGAUUUCUUUCAGUCUUGUUUUGUUAGACUUGAACUGAGAGGUACUUUUUUUUUUUGAAGAAUUGUGACACCAAACCUUUAAUUGAAUUUCCUUCCAACCCUAUUUUGGAAAAUCAGAUUUAGGAAACACGAACCGCCACUAAAGGCACUUUCCACCCAUUUUCUUUCUUUUUUUUAAAAACUUAUUUGUUGUGGUUUCCCAGACUUCAUUCACACAAAAUGGUCGUAUUAGACAAAAAGCUAAUGGAUGGCAGCGGCAGCUAAAACGGAACGCUUUGUUGGUCAUAUUAGGUGGUUUAUAGUCUCAGGUUUCAAUUGUCCAAGGAGUGCAUUCUGAGUAAUGUUUGUGGUUUUGUUUGCAAUUUCUAGCUCGUUUAGUUUAGUUUUAGUCUAGUUUUGGAGAAUGGCUCUAACAGCACAGAGUCCUCUGAGGUGUCUUAGUGCAGCUGUAAAAGUGGAUCAAGAUGUUUUCUUAAACACUAACAAUGAUCAUCAAUGGUAACUUGAAUAUGAGCAUUAUAGUUCUUUUUUUUGACCACCUAAGCUGCAUUUCACCACCAAGCCCAUCCUGGUGCUUUAACAUAUAACAUACCAAAUAAUCACAUGAGCUCCCCCUGUUUGUCACAUUGAUGUAAUAAAGUCAGAAGCUCCAGAGAAGCUACAUUCAGGCUCAUUACACACUGAUACUCUAUUACUUUCUCCAUCACCUGAGUACUUUAUGUUUCACAACAUUUUACAACAACGUUAAACAUUUCACCAAACUGCAAAACCCAGGAAGCCAACUAUCCAACUUGUUGGGGUUAUAACUAAAGAAACGUGUCAGCGUUUACAUAAAUGACCAGGAUGUUGACCAUUUCUUCUAUUCCAUAUUGCACCACCUCAACAAUAUUUUGAAUGCUAUGCUAAAGCUGAAAUACGUCGAAUUAGCAGAGGAGAGAUGGAACUUGACGGCAUUUUCUUGUCACCAAGGUGUUAUUCUGUCACAAACAAUAUAUGAGCCAAAUAUGUUUUGCAGCACAUUUAAUUAUGCCGACAGGAAAAUUACACAAAAAACAGAUUU